CUCAAGUCAGUGUGAUGGUGAGGGUGAACUACAUUUUCCAUGGUCCUUUGGCGUGACUGUCCUCAGACUGCACCGAGUCCACUCAAGUCAGUGUGAUGAUGGAAGCACAGCUGUGAAGUGUGAACGUGUGAACGUCUUACAAGCUACGUUUUAUUCCCCAGCUGUCCUUCUCCUGUUGCCGGAUCAGCGUGUGCCUUCCUCCUCGUCAAAGUCAUGGAGAAACAAUAUCCACAGUCCUCGGUGGUGUUUCGAAAUGUGGGUCAACGUUACUUCCCCCAAACCAGAGUCGAGUGUCACUACAGCGUGCCUUCAACCCAUCAGUGGAGCAGCAGUGACUGGAUUGGGAUCUUCAAGGUGGGAUGGUCGUCACUUAGCGAGUACCACACAUACGCUUGGUCGCUUGUCCCCGAAGGCUACGUCGAAGGAAGUGCUGUUGACUCCUGUGCACUUUUUCAAGCUUUCUACCUGCCUCGCCCCAGCCCGGUGGAGUACCAAUUCGUCUACGUCGACAAGAUGGGGAAAGUGUGCGCCCAAAGCCGACCCUUCACCUUCUGCGCCCCCAAACCUCUAGAUGAGUUGGAGACCUUGAGUGAAGAGCGAAAUGAGGAAGAAGGAGGAGGCUAUGAUGACGAGGAGGAGCUGCUCCUUGUAGUCCCCAGAGCUCAGCUGCUCCAGAGUGAGCUGGACAAGUGCUUGAAGGAGAAAGCAGAGUUGUGGCAGGCUGUGCAGGAGGCCAAACAGGAAAUAGAGGAGGAGAGGAGGAGCAACGUAAAAGCUAAGGUGGAAUGGGAGAGCGAAAGGGAUGCUUUGAAGGAGGAGCUAGACCAGCUCAAUCAAAACCUGACACAUAAAUGUGACGCCUUGAAGAAAGUGGAAGGAGAAAACAAAGAUGUGAAGAGCAGUGAGGAGAAUCUCUCCUCGGAACUGAGUCAACUUACGGAUGAACAAGCGCACAUUCAGCAACAAAUGAAAGAUUUGGAAGAUGAAGUCAAGGUGUUGACUGAUAGAGAGAAAGAGACAAAAGUGGAAAUGGAAAGGCAAGAGGAGAUACUGAUGAAACUAUCGGCUCAGAUAAAAAAUGUCGAAGAAAAGAGAAAGUUGCUGCAGGCAGAGCAUGAAACUUCGCAGGCAGAGGUCCGCGGCCUGCAAGCUCGCCUGGAGGCGAGCGAGCGCUCAGCCGAGGGACUUCGCGGCGAGCUGAGGGAGCUGGGCACCCGCCAUGGGCACACCCAUGCCGAGCUGCACCAAAGCCGACUGCAGGUGGCCCAACUGGGCCUGCAGCUCUCUGAGGAGAAGCUUCUUCUCAGGGAGGAGCGUGCCAACUGGGCCCUGGAGAGAGAAGCUUUCCGGAGUGCGGCACAGGCUGACCACCAGAAAAUAGAGGACCUGAGGAUUAAAGUGCAAAGGGCGGAAGAGCGACUGCUGGAGAAGGAGAAAAUGCCGUUUUGGAGAGAGAAUGACAGUGAUCGUAAGCAGACUGACAGUGGCAAGAAACAAGUGAUGCAGGCCGUGGACCGCCGCCUUGCAAACUCUGUAUUCAGUGAAUCGGCGAGCUUCAUCAUGUGGUGACGUAAAGAACUGUAAGAUUGCAGGGCUAAGAUUAAAGGAAGGGCAAAUUGA